AUGGAUACUACAACUCAAACAAAUAAUAAUAACAUUUUAGAAAGAUAUAAAGUCAGUAAAACAUUCAAAGCAUUUGAAGGUAACAAAUGUCCGAUAUGUGGUGAUAAUCAGCUGUCUGACGGAGCAUCACUCAAUCAUCAUAUUGCAUUGUGUUCAAUCUAUUUCAUGAGACACAAUCAAAUAGAUGUUGAUCAAAUGGUGAAUCAUGUAAAAGAUGAUGACAACAAAGAACAAAUGAAGAGAUUAGCAUUAGUUAAAGGAUCGAUGAUGAUGGAUAUUAGACUAUUUAGAUUGGUAUUUAUUGUCAAUUCAUACACUCGUAGUAUCAUCAUCAAACAUCAAAGACAAAUCAAUCAAAUGUUACUUCAACCUUUAUCAAAGAUGUCAAAAACACAACAAGAACUAAUAUCAUUAGGUUUAAGUGAAUACGACACUCAGUCAAUAGCAGUUCGAGAAGGUAGAUUCUAUCUGAGGAUUCAUUUUCGGUAUUUGGAAGAUUUAGAGAUAGAAGUAGCUGAUGUCAGAAGAGUCAUUCAACAAUCUAAAUUGAUUACCUUUCUAACUAUUACCUUUUUUUUCAACGAAGAAGUACUUGAACAAGAUCUCAAAGAGAAUACAACGAUCAAAGAGUAUGCUUUCUAUCACCCACUAUUUGGAAGAAUGAUCUAUGCAGAGAGACCAAGUACAAGAUUCUUCAUCUCUGAACAUAUGCGGAAUUUCAAUGGCAAUAGUCUCCCUCACACACCAGCUUGUCUACCAUCAAUGAUUCCACACAUUGAUAAAUAUCAUGUUCAAAGUUCAGAAGUAUUCAACCAAUUCACACUCAGUCUACCCAAUCUUGAAUGUCUUAGAUUACGAUGUGAUGAUGUGAAAGAGCACUUGUCAAUGGUCAUUGAACUAUUAAAUAGAAAUCAAAUCAAACACAUGACCAUUGAUAACAGCGAUCCCACACUAUUACAAUGUCAACAAUUAUUCAAUGCCAUCAAUACAAACAAAUCACUCAUCUCUUUGAAAUUAAGUCAGGCCAUUUUAAUGUCAAGAAUUGCAUCUAUUGUAAACGAUGAAUGGCGUGGCGGAGCAAGAAAAGAAAUCGACUAUAAAGAUGAUUACAAAGAGAGUGAUUGGGCUGAUGUUGAUGAAAUCUUCGAAGAAGUUAGCAAAUGUCUUGUCAACCUUUUACUAGAACCAAGUGGAACUAUAACCAAGUGA